AAAUUAUCCUAUUCUAGCCCUCGGAUAUCACUGGUCCGCGAAAAUAAUACAGCUAUCAUCUGACAGAUGGCGCAAUCAGGAUGCAUCUAAAUUACACUACCCCACACUUAAUCACACCUGAUUUUUCCCAUCACCUGCGUCGCAGCCCAUUGCUCUCAAGUUUGUCCAAAAUUCGGUCAUACUUUUCCAAAUCUUUGGCCAUAAAUAGAAAUUUUUAGUAAUAAAUUAGCAUUAAUUCUGAUUUUAUUUUGAAUAUUUGACGAUUCUUUCAUUGAUUGCAUUUUGAAUCCAAUAAUUUGAAUUCAUCUCUUCUUCAUCUUGGAUUUCAUGCUUAUGUUCUUGUUCUUCUACACCUCGGUCUAGAUUAUUGUAUGCAUAUAGAAAUUCAGUUGAAUUGAGUAAUUUAGGGCAAGAAUGACGUGCGAAAUGAAUCGUGUUGGAGACGAUGAACUACAACUCAUAGAUUUCUCGGAGGAAGAUGAUUACUUAAUCGCGUUUCCUUUUCGUGAUUCUCUCGAAGAUCUCCGACUUUCAGUAACAUACGACAAUCUGAAUGAGUGUGAUCGUAUCAAGCUGUUUGAAAGUAUUAAUUCGCAAGUAGUAGAGCGGAUUGAUCAAGCACAGUUUGAAUCCAUGGAGCCAAGAAGACCAAGUUUCUUGCGUAAAAGCUUAGCUUGGGACAAUGCCUUCUUCACUAGUGCAGGUGUGUUGAACCUCGAAGAGCUGUUUAUGAUAAAUAAAGGCUUCAAAAAACCUGAAUCCAAUCACCAAACUCCUCGUAAUAAAGUUACUCUUAAGAAUCAAACAUCAUCUGGUAUUAAUCAAUCACCACUUCUAUUUAAUCAUCAUCUACUCCACAUUCUUUAUAAAAACCGAGGUUUUAAAUAUGUCUCCUUUUCAGCCUCCAAGAAAUCAAAUAUCUGCUCUCAAAACAAGGUCAAACCAGUAUCUGGAGCUUCAAAACUGGUCUCAUCUAAACAUACUAACAAAGCAUCUGUUGAAGAAUCAGAAUCAUAUAGCAUGAAAACAAAACAUAAAUCCAGAAAAGCAGGAUUAGGGACAGAUUUAAAUGUUUCCAAGAGGUCUCGAUGGGGAGACUUAUCUGGUCUUCCUAAAUCAACUUCUUUUACUUCUCAAAAGGAUUUAAAAGCUGAUUCCUCAUAUGAAUCAUCUUCUAGUGCUUCUUCAUCUUCUAAAUCCAGUAGAAAGGAAAUCAAUCACAAAAACACAAAACCAACUUCAUCCACAUCCCCUUGUAGCUCCAUUGAAGGAUGGUUAUCUUCAUCUUCUUCUAAUACACCUGAAUAUGCAACAACAUCAUCAAUGGAAACUCUCCUUUCUAGUGGGCCCAAAAGAAAAAUCAAAUCUUCGGGUCUUCGAAUGCCAUCACCAAAGAUUGGAUUCUUUGAUGAGGGGCAACCCUUUAAAGGAAGUAUGCAGGAGAAACAAAGUCCUUUACAAUCACAUAACAGAAACAGGCUAAACAAAAACAAAUUACAGUUAUCCAAUCUUUCUCCUUCUGUUACCCCUGAGAAUUGUUCAAAAGUUAGAAAAGCUUUCAAUGAUGGAAGAAAAAGUGGUGUGAGUUUUAGCAAGUUGAAAGUGGAUGUGCAAAUACAAAAGGAAAUAUCAAAUAAAAGAAUGCACAUAGAGGAAAAGAAGCAGAAAGAUGAAGCUAUGAUAGACAUGAAACAAAAGCAAGAUGAGAGUGAUCAGAAAGAGAAUGUGUUUAGUUUUGAAGAUCAAGUCAAUGGUUUAACCAAAUGCUUAGAGGUCAUUGAUCUAGACAGGGAUGUGGGUCCCGAGGUCAAAGGUCAACUCUCAAGAACUCCAUUGGCUGAAAAAGUUUAUGGUAAGCAUUAGAAUUGCAUUAUAAUUUUGUUUCUUUUUACAUCAACUAUCUUAUAGUUUUAUAUUUCAUCUUUUUUUAUCUUUGAUUAUUAAGAGCAAAUAAGUCCAUCUUUUUGCAUAGUUUUAUGGAAUGAAAAUUUAUUUGUGUUAGUUGUUUCA